CGAAUGCUUUCAACGGUUCAGAACCACAAUCGCGACAAACGCCACAAACGAGACCUCAUCUGGACGCUCCUCACCACUCACGUGACUCCCGACCAGUCGCUGACGUUUCCGCCGCAAGUAAUCCUCGAUUUCCGCGAAGUCGAGUUCUGGUGUUUGAAACUCCUCUCAGCGCCCGUUCCCGUUCCCGGAAAGACGAAGCUCGAGCUCGAAGUCGUGGCCCGCGACCUGCGCGCGCCCCUCGUGCUGGCGCUGCCCGACCACACGCGCUUCUCGCUGGUGGACUUCCCGCUCCACCUGCCGCUGGAACUGCUCGGAGUGGACACGUGUCUCAAAGUGCUGACAGUCAUUCUUCUGGAGCACAAACUGCUGCUGCAGUCGCGCGACUACAACGCCCUCUCGAUGUCCGUAAUGGCGUUCGUGACAAUGAUAUACCCCUUGGAGUACAUGUUUCCCGUCAUCCCACUCCUCCCCACGUGCAUGUCUUCGGCCGAACAACUGCUCCUCGCGCCCACGCCCUUCAUCAUCGGAGUUCCCGCGUCUUUCCUCCAAUUCAAGCGCCGCUUCCGACUCCCGGACGACGUCUGGCUCGUGGACCUCGACUCCAAUCGCGUCCUCAAGCCGUCGGCCGUCGAGGAGUUGCCGCCUCUGCCGGAGCCCGAGGCCACGGUCCUCAAGAACCACUUGAAGCAGGCCUUGGCGUCCAUGUCGCUCACGCCGCAGAUCCAGUCGCUCGAGCGCGUGGACGCCCCCCAGCGCCACGCCCCCGCCGCCCCCGCCGCCGCCUUCAACCCCCUCAUCUACGGCAACGACAUCGACUGCGUGGAUGUGGCGACGCGCGUGGCGAUGGUGCGCUUCUUCAACUCUUGCAAUCUGUUGGCCAACUUUGGAGAGUACACGCGCACCAUUCGGCUGUUCCCGCGCCCAGUGGUCGCCUUCCAGGUGCAGGCCUUCGUCUCGUCGCGGCCCAAGACCUCGUCCUUCGUGCAGAAGUUCGUGCGCACGCAGGCCGUCGAGUUCCUGGCCGAGUGGUCGCUCUGUCCAUCCAACGUGGCCUUCAUCCGCGUCCAGACCGGUGUCUUCGACCCGACAGUCAUCGGCGACAAACACAAGUGGUUCGGCCACCAGUUGGACGCCAUUCUCUUCAAAGUGUGGAACAAUGCAAACCAACAGAUGGCGCAACUGUUCCGCGCCGCAGACGCCGUCGCCGACUCCUCCGACGACAGCGCGGACGACAGCGACGACUCGGAUGACGUCAGCACCUCGUCGUCCAUGUCGUCGCUCUCGGAACUCGUGGACAACGCGACGCACGCGACGGACGAAUUCCUCAAGGCCUUACGCGAGUCUUCGUGCGUUCCGACCAUCGGUGACGUCAGUUCCGUCUUUCGACCGCCCGAUGCGUUGCAACUCACGCAACAGCGCGACGACGACGAGGACGACAGCGGACGACACGAACCGGCGGCCGCCCGUCGCGCCUCUUCGCACGGCUCGGCGUCCUCUUCGCCCACGCGCUCCGCCUCUUCGGCGUCCAACGCGUCCUCCGAUCACGACGCCGAGGAGUCCUUCAAGACGCUCGCGCUCUACGAGACGGCGCCCGCACUCGCGCCGCCCAUAUCUCCCAAAUUCAUAUCAGGCCGUUCGCCCAUUGAGUCCGUCGCGUCCGACGCCUCCGACCAGAGCCGCAGUUCGACGCCGCGCGCGCUUUCGGCGGAACAGCGGCCGAUGUCGCCCUCCACGUCUAUCGACCGCUCGUCCGGGACGUCGACGCCGACCCUCUCGCGCGCCAUCUCCAUCUCUUCCGUCUUCUCGCGCUCGCAAUCGCAACACAGAGAUUCCGUUUCCGCUUUCGGCCAAUCAUUUCUCGACCGCUUCGCCUCCGAAGCCAAAGAGGUGGCGCGCGAGGCGAAGGCCGUGGCGAAGGAGGUGGCGAAACCGGCGGCGGCGGCGGGAAAGAAGCGCUUUUUGGCCAAUUUGCAGGCAAUUAGUGAACCCAUGAAAGAGUCGCCGUUUUGGAAGACCAAAGAGUCCUCCAGAGAUAGUGACGUCACUGAGUCGUCGUCUUCCGCUUCUCUCAUGUCUUCCAUGUCUUCCGAUUUCAACGGUUUGGCCGACAGAACGGCCGGAAUGCUGUCUGGACUCUUCGGGCGCGAAAACAAGACUCAAAAGCCCGACAAAAGUCCGCAACCCUUCGGACCCUUUCCCAAAGGACGCAAAGGAUUGGUCGAGAAGUCGUCUCUAAUCAGACACUCGUCCAAUCAGAAGCGCGAUUCGCCGAAAGCGCCGCCAACCGAACCCAAGACCACUAACACGCAUAGCGAAAACCAGUCGUUCCUCAAGGAGACCAUUGCGGCCGUUCUCGAGGGCGAAGGCGUCGGUUGGCUGAAGCUGUCGCGCGUGCGCAAACUCAUGGAGGACGAGGGGUACCGGGCGCUGGUGGUCUCGCGCAUCAACAAGACGCUGGAGCGGAAGGUGUCGCCCGACGACCACAUCGACGACGUGCAGGUGUCGCGCGCCGUGUGGAAAGGGAUGGCCAAAAUGGUGUCGGCCAUGAUCGCGGGUCUCGAGCGCUCGUAUCUCGACCAACACGGCGGACAGGGAAUGGCGUCCGCGCUGCCCAUCCUCGAGAUCGCGCACACGCACUACUGGGCCAAAGAAGUGACGCAAGAGGAGUCCGCGCAGUCGCAGUCUGUCACGACGACCGCCGCCUCCUCUCAGGACCCGUCGCCCUUCGGUUCGCGCGAAAACCUCGCGUCCGACGCGAAGACGAGUCCGUCGGAGAUCUCGCGAAUGGUGGACCAAAAGCGCUCGGUUCUGAUGACGCGCUUGACUUCCGUGGACUCGGAGGUCUCGGAAGAGGUGUCUCCCACGUGCAACGCCUCAGAGGCCGGCUCUCUGACGGUAAACCCCGCAUACGGCGCGCGACUCGCGCCCAACAAAUCCACUUUUUCCGAUUCCGAAAUCCAAGGCCUUCAAGGGCGCCAAACGCGGACGCCGUCCAUCUGGUCGUCCAAGUCGUCCAUUUCGACGGGUUUUCGAUACCACGGCGGCGCUCUCAUCGGCUCCACGGGACUGCCGGCCGACGCCCCGCGCGUCUACCUCUUCGAAGGCAUUAUCGGCAAAGAGAGAUCGCAUUUAUGGGACGAAAUGCAGUUCUGGGAGGACGCCUUUCUCGACGCCGUCUCGCAGGAACGGGACCUCAUAGGUAUGGACCAGGGGCCCCAGGAGAUGAUGGAACGCUACCGCUCGCUCUCCGAGAUGGACCGCAAGCGUCUGGAGCACGAGGAGGACCGCCUUUUGGCGACAUUCCUCUACAACGUGACGGCGUUCAUGAUUAUGGUUGACGUGAACCGGACGGAGAUUCGGCGCAAAAUCCGCCGCCUUUUGGGCAAGUGUCACAUCGGACUCGUGUAUUCGGCGGAAGUGAACGAAGUGUUGGAUCAGAUCGACCACUUGCGCGCCAACGACAUCGACCUCAAGCCUCUGACGUCGCGCCAAAUCCACAGACAGACGUUUUCCGUGCACUUGGGAACCGACGCCUCGGGAGACAUGAUGUUUAUGGAGGUUCGCGACGACGGCCUUAUUCUGCGCUCCAUUAACGGCACGAUUGUCGAGCGCUGGUGGUUCGAGCGGCUCGUGAACAUGACGUACUCCCCGAAGAACAAGGUGUUGUGUCUGUGGCGGCGGAACGGCGGCCAAACGCAGCUCCACAAGUACUUCACGCGCAAGUGCAAGGAACUGUACUAUUGCAUCAAGCAGGCCAUGGAGCGCGCGGUCCAGAAGGGCACGGGACCCAUGCCUGGCACGGAGUUGGGCGGCGAGUUCCCGGUGCAGGACGUGCGGUCGGGCGAGGGCGGGCUCCUGCAGGUCUGUAUGGAAGGCGUGGGACUCCUCUUCCAGAACUCAAAGGUAACUGAAGGCCGUCUCGAAGGUCUUUCCGUGUUUCCCGAGAAGUGUUUCCGUUUCCGCUUCUUUCUCUUUGUGUCCGUUUGUCCCCAAAACGCGCCGACUUUUGAGAUGGUCCUCCAAUCGGCCAAACCAUCGAUUAUUAACUCUCUUUUUCUCUUCUCUCGGCUCCUCUUUUGCGGACUCUUCAGGACUUCGAGCCAAUCACAGCCCGUAGUCUUAGCGACCAUCUCUCAAGUCGUCUCCGUUCGCACGGCUCCCCCUCGCCGCCCACUGCCCCCCAUCCCGCCCUCCCCUCCCGCCCCCGUCGCUGCCAACGCCACCCGACACCCACGCCUUCCGCGGACUCUAUUAACGCUAUUUGUGUUACUCUUUCGCCAGUUUUUCGUUCGUUUGGAAAACAUUCGCAAAUGUUUCACUCAAAAGGGCGGCGUCUUUGUGCUCGAGGAGUUCAGUGAGUAUUCGGCGCUAAAUCCUUUGAAUUCAAAGCAACCAAUCGCUGCCUCCCUCUCAGACCCCAAGACGCGACAAGUGGUGCAACGGCGCUAUCGCUCGCAGAUGGCCGACCAGAUCUGUUACGCCGUUCUCUGCGUCUUCUCCUAUAUCGCCGCCGGACUCGAAGAGCAGCGCAAAAGACAGCAAAUGGCGGACAAAAGUCCGCAAAACUCUCGCAAACGAUAA